UACGGGCGGCUCUAUCGGCCUCUUCCGCCCUCAAACACUAACGGUACACGACGUCUAAUCUCAGAAAUGGGCUUCGGUGACCUGAAAACUCCUGCUGGGCUUAAAGUCCUUAAUGACUUUUUGGCAGAUAAAAGCUAUAUCGAGGGGUAUGUGCCAUCUCAGGCUGACAUUGUUGUGUUUGAUGCCCUGUCUGGUGCACCCUCUGCUGACCUGUGCCAUGCUCUUCGUUGGUACAACCACAUCAAGUCUUACCAGAAGGAGAAGGCUAGCCUCCCAGGGGUGAAGAAGCCUCUGGGGCAGUAUGGGCCUGCUGGCAUGGAGGACACAACUGUAGGAGUCCCUGCAGUCAAAGAUGAGGAAGAGGAUGAUGACAUUGACUUGUUUGGCUCUGAUGAGGAGGAGGAGGAUGAGGAAACCAAGAGGAUUAAGGAGGAGAGACUAGCAGCCUACAAUGCAAAGAAGUCAAAAAAACCAGCCCUCAUCGCCAAGUCCUCGAUCCUUCUGGAUGUCAAACCGUGGGAUGAUGAAACGGAUAUGACCAAGCUAGAGCAGUGCGUCCGAAGCAUUCAGAUGGAUGGUCUGGUGUGGGGCCAGUCCAAAUUGGUUCCUGUUGGUUAUGGUAUCAAGAAGCUGCAGAUUGCAUGUGUAGUAGAAGAUGACAAGGUGGGAACAGAUCAGCUGGAGGAGCUGAUCACUGCCUUUGAGGACUAUGUGCAGUCCAUGGAUGUGGCUGCCUUCAACAAGAUUUGACACUUCAGUGGACAGCAUUAUAAAAUAAAGUAGCACUUAAAAUAA